AUGCUUAGGCGACGCCAGGUACCAGGUUAUAGAUUGAACUCUAUUCUCCAAAGAAAUCCUUCGCCGAGCACCCCGUGUGGCCAACCAGAGGACUUGGGCACCGAGGUUUACCCCAUAUUACCAUAUCAUCAUAAGCGAACCGCCCCUGUGGACCCCCAGGAAAGUGGGUGUCUUCUCUCGACAGCCCCGCCAAGAAUGAACCACUUUAACAUCCGCUAUCCCCGUGGUACGAGUCGGACAGGCAUCGUCCUUGCAUCGGCGUGUUAUUGA